AUGCCAGAUCAUCCAGUCCACCAGGCAGUGUUGUCGCUGGUCAAAGAUGAUUCCAAAGUCUUGCAUUUGGCCUUUGGAAGCCGCAAAGUCCUGAACGGCGAAAACGUCCCCAAAGGAGACGCAAAGGAAGCCCCGACGCUCACCUGGGCCCGGGCGCCGUCCGACCAGAAAUUCGUCGUCGUCUGUCUCGACCUCGACGCACCGUUCCCCUCCUUCGCGGUUCUGGGACCCACCCUGCACUGGCUCCAGGCAGGCUUCACGCUCGACGCCGCGACCGGCCACCUGACGUCGCCAGAUGCCGCCAUCGCCUUCUACGCCGGCCCAGGUCCACCGCCCGCCAGCGGCCCACACCGAUACGUGUUCACCCUGCACGAGCAGCCCGCCGACUUUGACGCGAGGUCGUUCACCAAGACCCGGGGGUACGGAAUCAGGGACCGAAUGAGAUAUGAUUUUGCAAGGUUUGAGAGGGACGCGAAGCUGGGGCCGCCGGUCGCAGGAACAUAUUUCUCGAGUCGCUAG